CAGCGAAAGCACGCUUGGUACCCGUCUUCGCAACAGGAUGUCCCCGCCCAGUAGUCUGGAGAGUGAGGAGUGGCACAGCUUCACACUCUCGGAUGACCCGGACGACAGUGACGAAGGCGACAUGGAGCCGCUCAACCCGAAGGGUGCCCAGCCCAAAGCAACUCCAGUUCCACCGGGGUUCCCUCGAUAUUCCCCUGCCGGUGAAGGGCAGCGGAUCAACGUACGCUCCAGUGCAGUUGGCUUCGUGGACAUGAGCCUCCUUUGGCAUGCGGUUACCGUUGGUUUCCGCAAUAUGGUUUGUUUCGUCGUUGUCGCCGAACUGUACAUGGUAUUCCUAGCAACGGCUUUGUCAACCACAGAGCUGACGUCAUCGUGGCGCCCAUGGUACGAUCGAGACGGUGGCGUGUCCCCUCGUAUCCUGAUUUGGACCGGCCCGCCGUCUGAGAUUUCCGACGAAGCAUCUGGCCUAGCGGCAGCGCACGACUCCUCAGCUCAACACGGCAACUGGACCGCGUGCAAUUUCACCGCCCAUGGGAACGUCAACGCCUAUGACGUUCCGAAGCCGUGCGAAGUGACUUACGACCGGCGCCUCCUCAUGGAAAGUGACGCCAUCGUUUUCCACGCUGACCGGGUGAACGUCAGCGACCUUCCCAGAGAGCGCGCUGCGGGCCAAUUGUGGGUGUUUUGGGCGCGCACUCACCCGGUGAUGCCGCCAUUUGUCCGGGAAGUUGGUCUUCUCGGCGCUGUCUCGCGCUAUCUCAGGGGGAAGACUUUGCCGUCGUCUCUGCCCAUCCAGCUGGCGCGAGUCUUCAACUGGACCAUGUCCCAUCGAAAGGACUCCGUAGUUCAUGUUGCCCACAAGACUUUUGGCCCUCGCUUCCUGUCCACCGGUGAUUCGCCGACGUCAAGCAUCAGUUCCAGCGACAGGUCGACUAUGGCCAGCAGACGGGACGCUGCUUGGAUCGCCUCAGACUGCGAACUGGAAAGAUUCAAAGAAGAGCACGAAAGGUUGCGUUCUAGUCACAAUGACCGGCACUACCGGAACACCCUGACACGCCCCAUAUACCUGCACGUUAUGCCCAACUGCGGUGCUGGCCAGUGCGAAUCGCCGGCCGAGUGCGUCGCACAGGUCGCCAAGAAGUUCAAGUUUAUCGUGGUGUCACAGUCGCCGGCUUGCUUUCAGAGUGUGUCCGAUCUCGUCUACGAGGCGUUCAAGCACGACCUCGUUCCGAUCGUGCUUGCGGCGCCCUACACCACGUUCAAUUUCCCGCCCAAAUCUGUGCUCAACGCUGCGGCGUUGCGGGCGCACGGCCGUCUUUAUUCGCACCUGACAGACCUGCUGGACCAUCCCGCCGAGUACGAAGGCUACUUCGCCUGGAAACGAAACUUCACGGUGUCCGCACUCGAGGACGAGCUGUGCCCGCUGUGCGCAGCUCUGCAGGAGAAGACAUUGCGAGCGACUCCGACAUGGCUGGACAUCCGGAAGUGGUGGGAGCGUCAUGUCACAUGCUCGGGCGCGCACUCGAUUGGCACGAGUUUUUACAAAUUUACUAUAGCUUAACUCCUGCGGCAGGCAGGCCGCGAGCUUUUAUUCAGCCUGGUGCCACACGUUUUCGUUCUUAUAAUGCAGCGGACUAUACAGGGCUCUGCCACUGCUAAGGGAAA